ACACAGUUUUCAUUUUUGCGCUGAACGAACGAACGAACCAAACGUAAUCUCCCAUCAUAAACGGCGGGUCACAAUCUCACGACCAUUUCUACCCCAACGACAACAAUUGCAACAGCAAACCAUUCACGAUGAAAAUCAGAACCUUGUUUCAACUCUUUGCCCUCUUUAUUCUGGCGGUCGCGGUACGUUCGAAACAGCACCGCGUGGUCUAUUCUUUUUUCCGAGCGCCGGUCGAUGAGUAAACCGAUCCAUCGGCCGGGGUGUUCCAUCUUGAACCAAGAAUGUUAACAGUCGCCUUCCACUUUCUCACCCUUCUUUCCUGCUUUGAUCGUCGCAAACGAACAACGCAUACUACGCACGUACGUUGAAUUGCGCCGAACGGGUUUGAUCUUCCAUACAGUCGGCACAGUCGUCGGCAAUCGAUGAUGAACACACGGUAGGUAACAGUGUCGAAAGUGUUUUCUUUCGAUCGAACAAGCUUGGGGGAGCGAGUCCGGAAUCGAAUGGCAUGGGGUUCGCUGGAAUCGAGUAAAACCCAUGACCAUGCAAACCAUGCCAACAACUAUCGUCUCGAUCUCUUUCACUCACGAAACUUUCUUUGCUCAUUUCACGUCUUCUUCCUUCAAAGGAACGCCGCCUGCGUGGACCGCACAAGGCAGGCAGGGGCUUCAACAAGAGACCGUUCAAAGGGGGACGUGGAAAAAAGGGACCAUACAAAGGACCAUACAAGGGAGGACGUCCAGCAAAGAAAGGCUUCAACAAAGGACCAUACCGUAAGGGAGGACCCGGAAGAAAGGGACCGUACAAGAGAGGACGCGGAGGACCAUACAAGAAAGGCUGGGGAGGACGAGGAGGACGGGGAAGACAAGGAGGAUACCGCAAACACACCAAGAGCUUCUAGGCUGCUUGUCGCAGCCGGGGCGAGAGUUUGCUGAGCGAUCCGCGCCGCACCUCGGAGAUCGAAGAGAAUCGCGGUCGAGUGUCCAGCGAUGCUUGGAUCCAUCGAGUGCCGGCGGGGUCGAUCUCGAGGGGUUCUCCCMUGCAACGGCGUGUCCCGACCAAACAAGGGCCGACGGAACUUGAACACGCGAUGAUCUACUACGUUAUUAUCAUCAACCAAUUGAGUAGUACUAGCACCAAGCGAUCCAUCUAUCUAUCCCUUCGUUGUCGAAAAGAAGAAGAAAUUGUAAAGUGUUCACUGUUUAUAAAAGUUAACAAACGUA